AUGUGUACAGUUUACAACAACGCAGAACUGAGAUACUUUAGAUUGGCCAAAGGUGUAAUAGGUUACUCAACUUGUGCGUUGAGAAAAGUUUUUAAAAAAGAAUGGAAUUGUCUUUAUCCUUCUACGCCAUGGCAAAAUGACGGAACCAGCGUUUCCCAGUUGCUCGACGAAGAAAAAAUACAACUGAGAGCGAGAAAUUCUCGACUGUACGAUCCAGCAUUUUCCAGCGGAUACCAUCAAGCCGUAAGAGAUCAACUGUCGUAUGGCGACGUCGAGGAAUGGGACGUUACAGCGCUGGUUUUUGCGUUGUGUCACUCUCAAGCUUUACGCGGAAUACGUUGUGGUUCUCGCUGGAGAUUAGUAAGCGACGCCAUUCAUGAUAUAAAGGAGGUUAGAAACACGGUGCUGUCACAUGCUUCUAAAGCAUCGAUUUCUCGGCGAAAGUUUAAGAGAAACUUCGAUAUCGUGGUCCAAGCUGUGGAAAACUUGCUGACUAGCUCGGAUCCCUUGGUUGAAAAACUGAAGAAGUUGCGGAACGAGACAGAAUUCGUAACGGAAGAUCUCGAGAGGUACAAAGAAAUGCUUCAGCAAGAUCACGAUGGUCUACUUGUGCUUGAAAAACAUCUUGAAAAAUUAGAAUAUAUAAUCAACAUAUCUGCGACAAAAAGCGAAACAGCAGAAGAUAACCUGUCAAACUCUGAAAACAGCAAAAUCCUUGCAAAGUUUUGUCUUAGAAUGGAAAGGCUAGAACGGGAAUUUUCAAGCCCUGUUGACUUGGCGCCCGCACGCACGAAACCGCCGAUUUUCCGGAGCGCUAGAUACAUUCGUCUGAUCAACGAAUCCAGCUCCAUGUCCUACAAUUUUCGUUGGGAAGGACUAGACACAUUUCUCCGAAGUUUCAAUGACGAUGUAGAUAUGCAAAUGUUUGCCGGUAUUCAAGCUGCCCUUUCACUUAGUCAUCACUCGAGAAAGGAUGAGAGUUUAGAAAUGCUGAAUGGGUUUAUUCCAAAAGUUCUAACUGCGAAACAUGGGUAAGUUAAAUCAAAGCAGUUUCUUAGAUAUUAUAAAGAAACUUGUAAAUAUGAAUGUGCCCAAGCAACAGUAGAAUGAGAGACAGUUUGAAGCGAAUUUGUUAGCCUGCGUAGCUGGCAGGGGAACGCUGUGGCUUUUUGGCGGCGGAGCCGCGAGAAGUUUGGGAGCUUCGCCGCUCGCGAAAACCCCUCGAGAUUCCGCCAUCAAGAAAGUACCCCGUGCAUAAAGAAAAUACACCAGCUACGCAGGCUACGAAUUUGUGAGAGUUUUCAUGUCAGAGCCCAAGAAUUAAUAUUUUAGGCCGAUAGCCCUAACGUCGGAACGGUUUCUGCCCACUUUAUUUAACUGAAAGUUGGUUGAUGUUAGGAAAAACACUAGGAUGUAAACUACACUCCUUGCGAUUUUGGGAGUACCACCUCACGAAAUAGUGACAAAGCUUGUGACUUCCAUAAAGCAUGGCAUUUUGAUUUUCCGAAGCCAAUCACCGUGGAGGUUUUGACAAAUGACGUCUUACGUUCAAAAAGACAACUUCGACAACUUAAAACCAUCUCGAAAUAUGUUUGCUCCCAUUAUUUCACUUUAAAGCUGAAGGAGUAAUCUUGUUGAAAUAUGAAGAAACACUACAUAAACCCCCGUUUUCAUCGUUUUGCCAUUUACUUUUCUUUUCUUUUAAAUGCUUUCAGAGUUGUACUACAUGCCCGAAUAAAAAUUAACAAAGCGUAUAUUUUACAUGAUCGUGGUAAAGAUGAUGAAGCCAUGAAAGAGGCAGAUGAAGCAGAAAUGAUGCUAAGUCAUGGAGAGUGUCAUGAGGACAUUGCUGAAGUUAACUACGCAAAAGCCAAUAUCAUUCUAUCGUCAGGGAAAAACAGUAAGGAGGAUCGCGAACGCAUUUUACAUCACUUGGAUAAAUGUUUUCAUUUCUGUGAAGAAGCUACUGUCGAUAAAAGUGUGACAGUUGUUCAAGCCAAGAUUCGCAAGGCACUUUUUCAUUUAGGCUAUUACCAGCAUGACAUCUUAGAAGAAGAGCCAAGUUCAUUAGAUGUCAGUAUUGCUGAGAAUAUUUUCAACGGCAUUGCGAAGCAGUCUGAGCCAAUUGCAGAAAGAAGCAAAGUAUACCUCAUGUACGGUCAAUCAUUGCUGGCCUAUCGGCAAGGUGACAUAAGUAUGGCAAGAGAACUUGAGAGUGAAGUUAGAAAAAAAUGUGAGCGACAUCUGCUGGGCUUCGAGAUCCAACAGCUUGAUAAUCUGAAAGCCUUGGUGCAAAGAAAAGCAAAAUAA